UUUUUUUUUUUUUUAAUGUUCAUUUGUUUGACUCGCAAUGUUACAUAGAGAAUAUUUCUUCAGAGAAACUUGAGCAAACUUAUUAUUACAGAGAAAAAAUCCGAUGGCAACUUCGAAGCUUCAAGCUCUAUGGAAUCAUCCAGCUGGACCUAAAACGAUUCAUUUUUGGGCGCCGACGUUCAAAUGGGGUAUAAGCAUUGCCAACAUUGCAGACUUUCAGAAACCUCCAGAGACACUUUCAUACCCUCAACAAUUUGUGAUCACAGGAACUGGACUUAUUUGGUCACGUUACAGUACUGUAAUCACUCCGAAAAAUUGGAAUCUCUUUAGUGUUAGUCUUGGUAUGGCGGCAACAGGCAUAUACCAACUUACUCGUAAAAUAAAGCAUGAUUAUGCAUCUGAAGCAGAUCCUACUGUUGCAAAAGAAUGAUGAAGAUACCCAUCUUUUCUUGUGAUCUUGCAGAUUCAUUCCAAGAUAACCAAAUCUGUUUGGGGUUAUAUAGAUUGUUUAGUGUGACUACUAUGAUUGUAAUACUAUUCCACACUUUUCUACAACCAUUUGCACCCGAAGCAUAGUUGCCAAUUAGGUCCAUCUCGAAAAAUGUAUACUUAUAGUUGGACCGGACCGCAAAGUUUUAUUCAUACAUUUGCAGUCUGAGCCACUGUAGUAAUAACUUCGAAUUUACACAAA